CAGUUGGGCCACGUGGUCCUCUCCCCAGUCUGGUUCCUCUACAACCUGCUCAUGAAGCUGUUUCAGCGUCCCACCCCGGCCAUCACCCUCGAGAGCCCGGACAUCAAGUACCCACUGCGGCUCAUCGACAAGGAGGUGAGUGCCAGGCCCCUCAGGGGUCACAGGGCAUGGGCCAGCAGAGGCACCUCUCUCCUUGUCAGCAUCACAACAUUUCCCAGGCACCUACUAUGUGCUCAGGACAUGGGCCCCUCUGAAGUAGGUCCUAUUAUCUGCCCAUUUUACAGAUGGGCAAAGCAAGGCGAUGUCCAUUUCUAUGGCUACCAGGUGACGCGGCCGGGGGCGGGCCCGGGGCGCGGCGGCCCGACUGUCUCGGCGGCGGCGGCGGCGGCGGCAGCUGAGCGAGCGCAGUGCGGCGCCACCAUGGGGGCCCAGCUGAGCACGGGAGAAAGGGGGGUGAGCGUAUUUAGGGGCCUGGGUGAGCUAUGCCAGCCUGCUUUCCUGGAAGCUCUGCCAAACGUGUGGUCCUCAGGUGGACAGGAUGCUGAGCCAUUCGGCAACGAGUGUCUCCAAGGGCAGCCCCUGCCGCCAUUCCCCCCUGACCGCUGGGCCCUGUCCCCACAGACCGAGAAGGACAUCCUGCUGCGGCCCGAGCUGGAUGAACUGAGGAACGAACAUUCUGCACGCUUCAAGCUCUGGUACACGGUGGACAAAGCCCCUGAAGCCUGGGACUACAGCCAGGGCUUCGUGAACGAGGAGAUGAUCCGGGACCACCUCCCACCCCCGGAGGACGAGCCGCUGGUGCUGAUGUGCGGACCCCCGCCCAUGAUCCAGUUUGCCUGCCUGCCCAACCUGGACCGCGUGGGCCACCCCAAGGAGCGCUGCUUCGCCUUCUGAUGGCCGGGCACUGGCUGCUCGCACGCCUGCCCCGCGCCCUCACGUGUCCUGUCCGCACCUCCCCGCUCCCUGCCAUUGUACACUUGCCCCCACAUCUCACACUUUGGUCCUGGGUUCAGCCUGGCCUGCCCGUGCCUGGGUGGUCACCCCGCUGGGCUGGCCCCCAAGGGGACCCUUUGGGAGCAGGGUUCUGUUACAGGUGGGCCACGAUCGGCCACCUUCAGGGCAGGUUCCUUUCUGGCCUUCACUGAACUCUCACCAGUGAUGUCCAGCCCCAGGCCCUGUCCCUCCCUCACUCCUACACCCUCCACACUACUGGGCCGAGGCUAGCAGCACCAUUCUCCACUCACCUCUCCCAGAGUGGACCACAGUCUGGAAAUAAACGUACAGGUAGUCCAGAGCUGCAGGUGCCGGGGACCCUCCUGCCAUCACCUUGGGACCCUCACCUGCCAUCCCUCACUACCUGCCUCUGGGCCAAGCCAGGCCUCAGCACCUGACACUACAUGACAGGUACCACCAAAAAGUCCUCUUGGCAGGGACUGCUGGGGCUGAGUGGCUGCCCCAAGGCCCAGGCAGGUCAGGCCAGCGGGGAGCGUGGCUCGGCCUCAGGGCUGGCGUGGGAGGAGGCGGCUGAGGGCCCCUUUGGUUGGCACGUGGGCCCUCCUGAAGCCUCCACAUUUUCCCCGCCACACCCAAACAUUUGGGCAGUUUUGGGGGUUCCAAGCUGUCAGCCAGCAGUUGGGUCAACCACCUCAGGGUCCUGGGCCACCAGCCCUGAUGGCAGAGCUGAGAUGAUGUUUAUUUAUCCCUCUGUCCCAAACCUGCCCCCCCUGCCGCCUGCAUCCCAGCGUGGGGGAGAUUUUCAGCAGAGCCUCUUGUCUGAGUGACACUCUCAGUGGCUCCCACGUUGCUUUUAGACAAUAGUGGGUUGGCCUCUUGCAUACAGGCUUUUUCAGAAUCAUUUAUGAGCAGAAAAAAAUGUUGAAAUUAAACUUUGCUAAUAUUAA